CGUUCUUUUCAUUUAAUUUCUUCUCCAGCUGUCUUCUGCUUUGCCUGCCUGCCUGCCUCUCUCUAACUUUAAUUCUCUCUACCUUGCUGUCUUCAUUUUUUGCUGUUUGCAUGCACUCAGCUUUCUUAACUGUAGGACUGUAGGUGUGUCACACCUCCUCUCACCCACUCACUUACUCAUUCAGCCUUGCUGUCUCACUCACUUUACCAUUCCGUCUCUCUCAUUCGCUUUUCUCAUUGCAGUUGCACUAUCACAAACCCCCCCUACUCUUCAACAGCACUGGCACGCCCCUCUCCCUACACACACUCACACACACAUAAACACAGCCCACUCUGCCCUGCUCACCACGGCAACGCAGGCAAGCGGGCAGACAGCACGCGGGAGACACAGUGAAAGAAAACGAGUGUGUGUGAGAGUGAGGGAGAGAGUGAGAGAGAGAGAGAGAGAGAGAGAGAGAGAGAAAAGGAUUGAAGGGAGCACCUGAGAAAUGGAUACAGAGGAAAGCUUUGACACAGAGGGCAGUUUUGAUGAUGCCUCAUGUCUCUCCCCACAGAGCCCCGGGUCCCUCUCACCGGCCAGGAGACAGAACAAGGAGAAGGAAAUCAAGGAAACCAAAACCACAAUCAACUUUGUCACAUUUCCUUUGGCACAGUCUACGCCUGAGCAGCAACUCCUCAAACCCAAUGAGUGGAGCUACUGCGACUAUUUCUGGGCCGAUAAGAAAGACCCUCAGGGGACGAACACGGUAUCGGGCUUCGAGGUUCUGCUGCAGAAACAGCUGAAGGGCAAACAGAUGCAAAAGGAGAUGGCCGAAUUCAUUAGAGAAAGAAUAAAGAUUGAAGAAGAGUAUGCCAAGAACCUCUCCAAGCUUUCGCAGGUCCCACUUGCUGCUCAGGAAGAGGGGACUCUCGGAGAGGCUUGGAGCCAGCUUAAGAAGAGUUUGGCUGAUGAAGCAGAGGUCCAUCUUAAAUUCUCCUCAAAGCUUCAGUGUGAGGUGGAGAAGCCACUGUUGAAUUUCAGAGGUGACAACUUCAAAAAAGACAUGAAGAAAUAUGAUCACCAUAUCGCUGACCUGAGGAAACAGCUAGUCAGUCGUUAUGCUGCUGCAGAGAAGGCCCGUAAGGCUCUGGCAGAUAGGCAGAAGGACCUGGAAGUGAAGACACAGCAACUAGAAAUCAAACUGAGCAACAAGACUGAAGAGGACAUCAAAAAGGCUCGACGGAAAUCCACUCAAGCAGGUGAUGACCUGAUGCGCUGUGUUGAUCUCUACAAUCAAGCCCAAUCUAAGUGGUUUGAAGAGAUGGUCACUACAAGUUUGGAGUUGGAAAGGCUUGAGGUGGAGAGGGUGCAGAUGAUACAGCAGCACCUGCUCCAGUACACAACGCUACGGCGUGAGACAGACAUGUUCAACCAAAGUACUCUGGAGCCAGUGGAUCAGCUCCUCCAGAGCGUGGAUCCAGCCAAAGACAGAGAGCUGUGGGUGCGGGAGCACAAGACAGGGGAUCUCAGACCUGUAGACAUGGACAUUUAAAGGACACUAAACUGAUAACAAAAGACAACCAUACACACACACACACACACACACACACACACACACACACACACACAUACACACACGCACACACAAAUUGAACACCUCACCCAAACUAUUCAAGUCUGCCUGAUUGUCUGUACAACACUUCAAGUUCUUGGCCAAAGCCAUACAGCAUUGGUCCACUCAAGCCGGCAUUUGUAUUUCGCAAUAUCUUUCCAUAAAACAUAACUUUUACAAAGAGUGGUGAUAUGAUUUAUAUCGAACAGUUUACAAGCAGAGUGCAUUCAUCCCCUAAGCACUUUGUUUUGCAUGAAUAACAGUUCACCAGCCUUUCUGAUUGUCAACACAGAUAGAUUGCUGCAUAAACAUUUUGAUCAAGGUUAAUAAGGAAAUACACACAAUGCAAGCAGUGAAAUCUUUAAAAUAAAUGUUCCACUUAAAUACAUUUAGACAACAUUUGUGUUACUAAAAGAAACACAUAAAUAUGCCUAAAUAUAACAACAUUAUGGAAGCAUGCAUAAAUCGAAUUAUUAUUUCUGUAAAAAAAAAAAAAAUCAGUCAUUUAUCGUAGUGUUCAAAAAUGCAUUCUACAGGAAAAACCAGCUGCAGUGGAAAAAAGCAGUAACCAGCAUGAACCUUUUUGUAGAAUUUGUGCAGAAUAAAAUUCUAUUAUAGUGUCAUUGUAUAGGUAUGUUGUUAAAUCUUUCAUGUAUUGGAAAAAAUUUAUUAUAUUCAUACCCAAUCUAAAUCUACAUGGACUCUUCUUGACAAAAACAAACGAAAGAAAGCUGGAACAAAAUGCAUUAUUUAGGUAUUAAUAUUUCAAAAAAAAAUAUUUUUGCAGACUUGUUUUGCAAAGAAGCAUGUAAUUCUCAAAAUGCUGUAAUGAAUAGCUCUAUUUCAUCUACAGAAUGAUAUUUGUGAAAAAAAAUUAGCCCACUGAUUGUGUGUCAUAGAGUAUGUGUCUGCGAAAUACUGCGUUUGUGUAAUCGUCAUGUAAUUUCUUUCCUCAAGCAAAGCCAAGAAACCUCUUUAUGCAGAACAUAAUCAGCUCUGUGCAACAUCAUAAUCUCAUUCUGCUUCCAUUUCCAGUUGGAAAAGUUACUAAAGCUGGGAUUGAGGAUAAACAUUAAAGUUGAGUGUUUUUUAAAUUAAAGCAGAAGAAGAAGUAUUUUAUUUGUCACAUAUAUAUAUUACAGUACAUGUAAAUGUGCUGUAAUGUACAGUGUAUGUGACAGUAAAUGUGACAUGAUCAUUUGUAUUAUGUACACUCUUAGAAUACUGUAUAGGUUUCUUUAAGGGUUUAUUGUAUAAUUGAGACUCUCUUUCUGAUAAGGAACUUUCUGUUUUAUAGUUCUUUACAGAACCUUUAGUCCCUAAGAGGCACAACAGAAGAGCCCUUAAGGUUUUCAAAAUCAUCUAAGAGUGUAUAACAUACACCUUUUAGUGCCUAAAGUUAUGUCUUGGAAUGUUCAUGAUCUGUUCUCUGUCUGUACAUAGGUGUAAAUAUGUGUGCUGUGUUGCAUUUUUUUUGGUGUCUGCAAAUGUCAUAAGAAAGUUCGAGCCACAUUCUUGUGUAAAUGUUGUGUUCACAUAUUGACACUUUUGUUAAACAUUUUUACAUCAAGACCCAUUUGUGUUAGGCAGCUGAACCCUGUAGGCUUAAAACCAUUUAUAUUAUAUUAAUGAAUGCAUUUAAUAUUAUGUUUCUCAUUAUUUUUACAUAACAGGCCUCGCUUCUCAAGCUGGAACACAUUUAUUUUGCAAAUUGUUCACAGGAGCAAUCUACACAAGAAAUGUGGUAUUGAUGAAAAUCAAGUUAUUUUUGGAACAA